CCUGCCGCAGUCAAUGAGCAGACGGCGGCCGAGGCGGAGCGCCGCACUCGCCGGGGGCAGCGGGGCGGCAUGGCGGGGCGCUGACACAACGAGCGGCCCCGGCCCCGCCGCGGCAUGGGCGGCCUCGGGCUCGUGCGAUGAGCGCUCCCCCGGCCGUCAUCCCCCGUGCGAAUAUGGGCACAGCCGUGUCCAAAAGGAAAACGCUGAGGAACGAGGCCAUGUCGUCGGUGGCGGCCAAAGUGAGAGCAGCAAGGGCUUUUGGAGAAUACCUUUCACAGAAUCAUCCCGAAGGCAGAAAUGGCUCAGAUCACUUGUUAGCAGACUCCUACAUCGGGCAGGAGGACUCCCCCGAGAUGCAGCAGGCAGCACAGAACAAGCGCAGGCUCUCCGUCAUCUCCGAUGGCAAGUUUGAGAGGAGCUUCUCUGAGGAGCAGACUGAGAAGAUGCCAAGUGAGGGACCGAAGCCACGAGUCUACACCAUCUCCGGUGAGAGGCCGAUGCUGUCAGACCACGAGAAUGAGAGUAUGGAACUGGUGGUGAUGAAAGGGGCUGCCCAAGAGGAAUGCCACCACGGCCACCCUGUGCACGGUGCUGGUGGCUCUCAUGGUGUCAGCAGGCAUUGCAAGGGCUGGCCUGGCAGCCGGCAGGGCUCCAAGGAGUGCCCGAACUGCACCCGGCUGGCUGCUCCUUCCCAUCACUCCUUUGACCUUGAGCCACAUCAAUCUGGAGAGACUGGAUGGCACAGAAAAAAGCUGGAGAGGAUGUAUAGUGUCGAUCGAGUGUCUGACGAUGUCCCCAUACGAACCUGGUUCCCGAAAGAGAACCUCUUCAGUUUUCAAACUGCUACUACAACUAUGCAAGCCAUCUCGGCAUUCAGGGGCUACGCAGAAAGGAAGAGACGGAAACGAGAGAAUGAUUCUGCAGCUGUUAUACAGAGGAAUUUUCGGAAGCACCUCCGCAUGGUGGGGAGCCGAAGGGUUAAAGCACAAACAUUUGCCGAACGGCGUGAGAGGAGCUUCAGCAGGUCCUGGAGUGACCCGACUCCCAUCAAAGCUGAUUCCUUCCAUGACUCUCGAGAAAGCCAUGACCUUCAGGAUUCCUGUGGCACUUUGGAUGGUGACUUUGACUUGAACUGGGAAGCAGAAAAGGAGCUUGAAGCCAUGGCGUGUGAUGGAGAAGACUUUAUUCCACCAAAAAUAAUGCUCAUUUCUUCCAAGGUGCCCAAAGCUGAGUAUGUCCCAACGAUUAUCCGCAGGGACGAUCCCUCCAUCAUCCCCAUUCUCUAUGACCAUGAACACGCCACCUUUGAUGACAUCCUAGAGGAAAUAGAGAAGAAGCUGAACGUUUAUCGGAAGGGCUGCAGGAUCUGGAAGAUGCUGAUAUUUUGCCAGGGGGGUCCAGGUCACUUAUAUUUGUUAAAGAACAAAGUUGCCACUUUCGCCAAAGUGGAGAAGGAGGAAGAUAUGAUCCUCUUCUGGAAGAGGUUGAGCCGUCUGAUGAGUAAAAUCAACCCUGAACCAAAUAUCAUUCACAUCAUGGGCUGCUAUGUUCUUGGAAACCCCAAUGGGGAGAAGCUAUUUCAGAAUCUGAAAAACUUAAUGAAUCCUUAUAGGGUUGCCUUUGAGUCUCCACUUGAACUUUCAGCUCAAGGUAAGCAAAUGAUUGAGACUUACUUUGACUUCCGCCUUUACCGCCUCUGGAAGACCCGCCAGCACUCAAAACUAUUGGAUUACGAUGACAUUUUAUGAUCUGGAGAACGCUUUGCAAGAAGUUGUUGAUCACCAGUGUCCAAGAAGUCAUGCCUAUUGCAGAGAGACUCUUUUAUUGGCACAGGGAGCCCUACAGGAGGCUGCAGUGCUAAAGGGAGGGAAGAAGGAGCCCUCGGAAGUGGAUCGGGAAGAAAGUCUCCUGGGUCAAGAGAGACUGGAGGGGAAGGGGUUUGGCACCUCGCCUGCCUCGGGUCAGAGCCGUGGUGUCUCAGGAGGAGUCGUGUGAAGUGAGGACAGGAUGGAGUUCCUUGCAGAACUGAGCUGUUUUGGGUCAGAAUGGGCCAGAUUUGAUUCCAGGUCCUUUUAAAGACUUACAAAAGCUCAGGUUUUCUUACUAAAUAAAUAAAUAAAUCAAUUACCCAUGCACUACAAUGAAGAAGUGACCGGAGCACAGAGGAAAAGGAAAGGAGGGUUUUGUACUCACGGGACCUUCUGUGCCUGGGGAUCUUGGAGAGCAAGGACUGCUACACCCACUCCUGCAGGCUUACAUCAAGACGAUCCAGUUUCAAUGUGAAUAUACUGGAACAUAGAAUUGAAGUCUAACUUUCUGUUUGGUUUAAUAGAGAAUAAGUGCAAUUUUUAUAGAGAGGAGGGUGAAACCCCCUCCUGGUAUUUAAUUAGUUAAAAAUAACACACCAGUAACCAAUAGAUGAGGUAUUUUUGGUCUGCUUGAAAAUAUAUUCAGAAUGGUAAUAUAUCUUCUGUAGACAUAUUUAAUCACCAGCAAACUUGGUUUUAACGUAACCUGGCAGACCCUGCAUGUCUGCCGCAUUGACUAACCUGGUUUGGUUCAUUACUUUCAGAGUAGCUGUGUUGCACAAGUUGUAUGUGCUCUCACGAAUGUAUAUUUCUCCUCCAAUUAGACACAACUUUGUUACUAUUUUGCUGCUUGCAAAACUAUGUGACUUUAGUUUUGCUGAAAUAUUUUAGGUUAGAAAUGCAGCACCUGGCUGGGAGGCCUCAGCCAGGUUCACUAUGAUAUGAAAAUGAAUGAGACAUUAAUAGCCAUGGCAAUUGUUCAUGCCAGUGUUUUGCGAUGUGUUGAGAGGUGAGUUCUCUUUCUGGGCUGGGUUCAGAGCAUCAGAAUCCCUCCUCAAGAGUCCAGCACGGGUUUGGAGCAUGAGGUUGAAUCUUCCCUCCGUUCACUUGAUUGCCAGUUGUUUGUAUGUAGAUCCCUUCUUUUCCAGUGCUAGAAAGACCUGUUUGUUGGGCAGAGCUGCUCACAUCCCGUCCUGUGCAGGACAAAGCAAACAUGGGGCUCUGUUGCAGCAGCUGUGGUUUGAGAGCCUGGAUUUGUACUUGGUCUUUGAGGCUGUGUUUUGGAAUAGAUCUACUUUUUGUUCCUUUAGCACAGGGACCGAUUUUGGGAGGGCUCUGGUUUGGUUUUGUCCAUCUGCAGCUCUACAAAGGACAAAUCGAUGCCACUUGCAGUCCGUGCAGGUCACCGGCUCUUCUGGGAGGCGAUGCACUCCAUUUCUUACAUGAGUAAAAUGUACCAGAAGUGAACAGGGAUUGUUUUCCUGAUUUCCCGGGACCUAAAUUGUCCGAUUGUGAUGUGAUGGCAACUAUGUGUACAAACCGUGUUUUAAAUACUUGCAAAAAGCAGUAGUUGUGCUGAUCUGUAGAGUCCUCCUUCCCUCUGUGACGUGUGUGCUGUGAUCCUGGGGGCUGGCUGCUGCCUGGAACUGCUGACCCCUGUACAUUUACAGCAGUUUCAUAGCAAAGCUUCUGAAGAAAGACUGUACAUAUAGUAAGUAAAGGGAGGAAUAGGUGGAGAGAGGGGGAGGUUGGAGCCAUGAAGGAACCCAACAGCUUGGAGCUGCUUCUCUGCCUGCUGGGCUCCAGCCCCUGACCCGGCUGUGUUUCCAGACCUGCAGUGAAGGGGACAGGCUGCAAUAUUUGGCAGAUGAUGCCAGAUCUAAAAGCAAAACCCACAUGGAUGCCAACCAUCCGUUACUUAGCGUGGUGCUUGUGAGAGGUGGGAGCCACAGGUUCAGAAAGCAAAGCCAUGUGUUAUUUAGAGUGUGGUCAUGGCAGGAUUAAAAUGCUGACACAAAACUCUCCCUUUGUGACCCUUUUACCUCCUAUGGUUACGCUCCUAAUGGCAGACAGACAACUUGUUCUUCCUCUUUCUUUUCUAAAGUCCCAAUUUGGUGAACUUGGUAGCAUGGAUGUAGCAUUGUGGAACUAUUGAAAACCUUCUGUAUCUGGGAAAGGGCCCAUUUAUGUAUCCACUUAGUGAUUUGUCUGUACAACUAUUGUGUAUCUAUUAGCAUUGACCACUUGUGGAACUCGGGUUGCGAAGUAGAAAGGUGUUUCUUGCAUAACCUCUGUAGGAAGAUGUGUGUUGGAGCAGAGCGUGCUGCUCUGCUGGUGCAGCUGACUGUAGUGCGGUGCAAUGACAGACAGCAAAACACGUUCCUCUCUUUUCCAAAGAUCAAUAAUCAACCAACACAGUUUGUGAUGUUUGUGACGUGAGUGUUUUAUUUCUGUUGUAGCAUUCCUUGGGCUCGAGAGAUGAAGUGCUCUCAAAGCUGUGACUGGGGAGACGACGGGGCGCUGAUGUUUUCUGUGCAAAUAGUGUCACUGAAGUGUUUUUAGGUAGGAAAAAAGGAAUUCUUCCCCUUUUAACCUCUUGAAUUUUGUAGUCAGCUGCUGAGGAAAGGAGAACUCAGCAGAGAAUAGGGUGAGAAACAUCAUUGUCUGUGCUGUGUUUGCAUCUCCAGCUCUUGGCACACAUCCGCUCUGCAAAUAGCUGCUGCUGCUUUGGGACACUGCUGUGUGUGAGCUGUGGCUGUGAGUUCCUGUUCCCAGGGUGGCUGCAAAGGCUGCUUUGUCACCUCCAGGCAGCACAAGUGGGGUGGUCAGAAGGGCAGAAGGCACUGAUGUCCAGCAGCCCCGGCACAGGGAGAGCUGCAGGUGCCAUCCUGAACCCAGGCCCUGCUGGGAGGUGUGCAGCAGACUCAGUUUGCUCUGUCUGCAUAAACAUUCAACUCACCACAACCCAUUUUAGGAGUGGCACAUACAUACCUUACCUACAGUGCUUCGGUUCAGAAUGCCAUAUGUGACUGUAAUUGGAAAAUAAUCCUUCCUGUGCCUGUGGCAACUGGUGCGGGUUGCCAUGCAGCAGAGGAUGUGCCAGGUUGUGCCAUGCAGCCCCACUGCCAGCAGCAGGAAGCAGAUCUGCAGCCACACGCUGAGCUGAGUCACUCUGUGUUGGCUUUCCUGGUGUUCCCUGGAACUGGUGAUGCAGGCAGACCUUCCCGGCAGGUGACACACAGAUACCCUCCCUGGGGACAUGGAGCGCCAAUCCUAUCUUCCAAGCCAUCUAUAAAUAUAAGGUUGUUUGUGAUCCCACCAGUUGGAACAUCUGCGGCCUUCUGUGUCUUUCACAGGACAGUGUUUUAUUUCUCAGGCAUGGAAACGCAAGCCAAAGUCAACUGGAAACUGUUAUGGUUUGAUGAGAAAUCAGCCUCCUGCUAACUAUGUUUAUUGGAGUUGAGUGAGCACAUGGGUGGUUUAAUGGCUGUGAACCUGACAGUGAUUGCUGUUAUCCGGGGUAAUUGUGCAGUGCAGUCAGCAGGGCAGUAGGACAGCAGGGCAAUAGGAGCUGGCAGCUGCUUUCAUUCAGAGGUAAAUUCUGUCCAAUGCGCUUCCCAUCAAGAUGGAAAACCUGCAAGUUAUAAAAUAUGGAUAUUUAACAUGAAGAAUCCCCCCUGAAGAGAAGCUAAGCUGCAAUUUUUUUCCAUUUUAGUGCAUCCUUAAUACACAAGGACAUAUAGGAAGCAUCCAGGGCUGUGUGAGGUAGUGAUGGCCAGGCAGCAGUGCUCACUUAAUGGGCACUGUGCUCUGUGCAUCCAGACCAGCUGAUGGUUAUUGCAGCAGUGGUGGCCCCAGCUGUGUUCCCAGCCAGCAGAGCUGUGUGUGUACCCCUUCUAACAGCAUAGCCCACAGUGUGGGUCACUGAAUGCAUACAGCAAUAAGCUGCCAGCACAGCACCUCCCCUGCCCCUGCUGUCAUUGCUUUUAGUGUGUCUGACACUCAUCUGCUUCCCAUGGCUGUGUGGAUGUGAUGAGCUGUAUGCAGGGAUGGCCCUUACUGGGGAAUGGCACUGCAGCGGUGCUGAGAGGGCUGUGGCUGUUGGAUGGGGAUGUGUUGCUGGCUCCGUGCUGGCCCCUGGCUCAGGACAGCACACAGAUGGUAUUCAAAAGGCUUCAAGUGGGGGACUGUUGGAUUUUGGGGUCUCCACUCAAAAGUCCUGCUGGUGCAGAGCUGGGAAUUUGAGCACAGCGCAGGAAUCCUUGUCCUGGCUUUUAAAACCAUCUCAGACCCACACAGCAGGGUGAGGUGCUCUGCAUGGCGAUGCUGCUCCCUGGGCUCCCCCUGACACUGCUCACCAAAUGAGACCCUUUUAUUGGGUGCUGAUCUGCAGAGGACUGAAGGAACCAAGUGAGCUGUGUGCAGCAUUGCAGGGAAAUGCACUGGAAUUGGACCUGAGUGAGCACGAAGGGGCCGCAGAUUUUCCACUGUGUGCUUCCUGUUGUUCUUUAACAACACUAUUCCUGGAACUGGGCGACUUCAGUUGCAAUGCCAAGCAACAGCCACAGCAAAAACCGUGCUUGCAGGCCUUGGGAGGUCAGCAUGCUUUUAAUAUCUCAACUAUUUCUCCAGAGCUCAGACAGCAGGUCCCAUUUCCAGCUCCUUUGCUCAGCUGGUUGGAGUUGGAGGCAUCAGCCCCAGGAGAAGCAUCUGGGAUGGAGGGCUGUGCUGGCUGCAGACAAAAGCUGUUUGAAAGGAGUCUGGAAUACGGAGCUUGUCUCCUCUGAGCUCAGUGGGCCCCACACCAGCAGGCUGCUCCUUGGGGAGGAAGGAAGCUGUUAGCACAGCCGGGCUGUGGGCUGGCUCUGUGUUAGGGGCAGCCCUGUGCCAUGCAGAACCCGCUGCCACCCGGAGCGUUCCUCUAAGCCUAUCUGCUGCUUUGUGUAUGAUAAGCAGGUUUCAAUGACGUGGAUGUUUCUAGGUUUUAAGAUGUGAUUUAAUAAAAAGAGACAUUUCUGGGAAA